CAAUCUUCAUCUCUUCUCUUGUUGAAAGUUAUCGAAAAACAUUUGUGUCAUCAAGAAUAUUUUUUUUUUUACAUAAAAAAAGAAAUAAAAUUUUCUACACGAGAUUUUACUAUCCCCGUCUGUAUCUUGUGCAUUUUAAUUUUAUAUUAUUACAUUAUCAAUUCGAAACAAAACUAAAAUCCACUCCCUCGUUCCUCGAACACAAAGAACACAAUUCAAAAGCGAAAACCUUCCUAAAAUCCGAGACAUAGAUGCGCGAUAACAAGAGAAGAAAAAAGUGAAAUCUUUAUUUAGCGAAAAGAACAAAUAAGACAAAAAAAAAGAAGGAAGUCAAAAUCAUAACACCUCGCAGAAUUCUGGUUUUUCGUCGUGCAACGUCCAACUUCCCAGAACCAAGACCAAAACCAAGACAUUUAAAAUCUAACCAAACAGCAAAGGCAUGGCCAAGACGUACGAUUAUUUGUUUAAACUUCUCCUGAUCGGCGAUUCGGGAGUUGGGAAGACUUGCAUUCUGUUUCGAUUUUCCGAGGAUGCCUUUAACACAACAUUCAUCUCGACAAUUGGAAUUGAUUUCAAAAUACGAACCAUUGAACUUGAUGGAAAGAAAAUCAAAUUACAAAUUUGGGAUACAGCCGGUCAAGAGCGUUUCAGGACUAUAACAACUGCGUACUACAGAGGAGCAAUGGGAAUUAUGCUCGUGUACGAUAUUACACAAGAAAAAUCUUUUGAAAAUAUUAAAAACUGGAUAAGAAAUAUUGAAGAGAAUGCAUCGGCAGAUGUGGAAAAAAUGUUACUUGGCAAUAAAUGCGAACUUAAUGAGAAGCGACAGGUCUCGAGAGAACGCGGCGAACAACUAGCUAUAGAAUAUGGUAUUAAAUUCAUGGAAACUUCCGCCAAGAACAGUACAAAUGUCGAAGAGGCAUUUUUAACUCUGGCUAGUGACAUAAAAGCGAAAAUGGAAAAACGAAUGGAGGCGACUAACCCACCUAAAGGCGGUCAUCAAUUAACUAAAAACUUCGAGCCAGCAAGGAAAGCGGACAGUUGGUUGUCCAGGUGCAGUUUACUUUGACGUGGUUGUAGAUACAUUUCUUGUUAAAUUUCAUUAAAAACAAAUAAUGUUUUUUAACAAGAAUAAAUUAUCGAAAAAAAAGUAAUAAAACUUAACAUAACAAAAAAAAAACAAAAAAAACUCAAACUCAUACAAACAAUAAUAAAAUUUUUAAAAAUAAAAAAAAUAAAAAAAAAACAUAAUAACAUAAACAAAGUAUAAGCCAUAGAAUGGCAAUUUAAAACCUUUUAAAUUUAUUUUUGUAUUUCCUUAGGUUUCCUUUACUAUAUUUACUGUUUAGGUCCGCGUUUAUACAUAUAAAUUAUUAUAUUUACAUAGAAUUCGAAUUGCACGCCUUUAUGUGCUAAAGAGACUCAUUUUUGUGUUCUGUCUAUCUUGAACUUUUUGUUGCUCCUUAUUAUUUUUUUGUUUUUUUUUUUUUUUUAUAAUGUUCUUUUUAAUCUUAACAAAAACUUGUGUAAUAAUUUAAUAAUUCUCAUAAAACAAAACAUAAAAAAAAUCAAAAAGCAAAUAAAAUACGUUUUCUAUAAUGUUCUCAAAACGAUUCUGUAUGUAAAAUUGCUGAAUAAUAAAGCAAUGACUUUGUAACUGGCACAGUUUUGUAUUACAACAAUAACAAUUAAUCAAAUACUUUGUACUUUGAAAUAGUGACAAAUUAGAUAAUAUUCAUUGAUAACAAGAUGAAGAAAAAAAAAUACAAGAAAGAAAAAAAAAAUACAAAAAUAAAGGCAGUGUUUUGAAGAA